AUGCCGCGUGCAGCCCCGCCCUCCUGUCUCUCUCUCUCUUCUCUCUCUCUCUCCUCGAGGUACCGGAGCCUGGCCGCGUCACCGACAGCUGAUCGCUCAGACACACCGACCGCGGCAGAUCACCGGACCUUAGCGAUGGCGUCAGAGGAGCUCGCGCGGAAGCUGCAGCGCAGGCGGGACGCCACGGAUCGGUCCGAGAGCCCGGGGAUGACCCCCCCCGCCAUGAGCCCCGCCAUGAGCCCCGCCAUGAGCCCCGCAAUGAGCCCGGCCAGGACCGUUACCGAGAAGCGGCGCGAGAGCGAGGACGCGGCCGCCGCCGCCGCCUCUAACGGGGACUCGCGCACCACCGAGCUCGCGGAGAAGCUCAACCGUAGGCUGGAGAUCGACGGCGGCGGCGGCGGCGCGAGGCCCAGGCACGUGAUGAAGGUGUUCAACCCGUACACCGAAUUCAAAGAGUUCACGCGCAAACAGAUCAAACAGAUGGAGGAGAUGUUCAAACGAUUCGACUCGGGGAAGGACGGCUACAUCGAUCUGAUGGAGCUGAAGAUGAUGAUGGAGAAGCUGGGAGCUCCUCAGACUCACAUCGGCCUGAAGAACAUGAUCCGUGAGGUGGACGAAGACUAUGAUGGCAAGCUCAGCUACAGAGAGUUCCUCUUGAUUUUCAGGAGAGCAGCAUCCGGGGAGCUGCAGGAUGACGACCCUCUCAUGGCACUCGCUCGUCUCUCAGAGAUUAACGUGUCCAACGAGGGCGUGAAGGGAGCACGUGACUUCUUUGAGGCCAAGGCUCAGGUGCUGUCAGUCCGCAGUAAGUUCGAGGCAGAGCUUCGGGAGGAGAAAGAGGAAAAGCAGAGGAUGGAGGAGGAGAGGAAACAACGACGGGCCGCCUUCAAGGAGUUGCAGUCUGCAUUCUGUUCCUGAACACCCAAACACACACACACACACACACACACACACGCGCGCACACACACACUGUACCUCCUGCUGAUGAAAGCUGAAGCACACCUGUAAAGCCUCACUGUAAUUGUAGCAGAAGUAGCUCACACACACACACACACACACACACACACACACACACACACACACACACACACACACACAGCUUUAACAGUGUGAGCUUCCUAUUUUACUCUGACUAGCUCUAUUUUUGAGAUAAUAUUUAAUAUAAGAGAGAAUAUUAAUGAAUAAUAAAUAGAGAGAAAUAUAUAAACAUAUAAUAAACACGUGUAACGUAUAAAUAUUUAAAGUGGUGGCAUGACGAGCCACUUCAUUACAUCAUGUUUAAAAAAAAAAAAAAGGGAAAUAUGUGGUCACUAUAAUUUUUUAAGAAGUGCAUUGUUCUUCUUUUUCUUUUUUAAACCUUGAGCAUCUUUUUUUAUUGUAAUUUAAUUUUAAUCUUAAUUUAAAUGUUUAUUUUUACAUUAGUAUGUGUGUCAUAGUCCAUUAAUAAUAAAAUCCAUUCUUAAAUG